AUGGCUUCUCCUGGUGGUAACAUCUUACCCCCAGAGCUGGAUAACAAGAUCGUCUACGCUGGCAUCGCCGGCGUCUUUUGCUUCGCCCUCGGCCUCUCCAGGGUCUUUGCAAGCACACACUCAGAGGGCACCGCGGCCAACGAGACUCCCGGCCUCGUCAGGUCCCUGCUCCUCUUCGCCUAUGGUUGUUUCCUCAAGCCCCACGAGGGUGAUGGCAAGGGAACCCAACAGGACGCCCUGGAGUCCUUCUACAAGGCUCAGGCGGGCAUCUAUGACACCACCAGGUCGGCCCUCCUCAAGGGCCGCGAGGACAUGCUGGCACUCGUGGCCGCCCAGCUCGAAGCCAGGUCAGCCAAGGACGGGCUGCACAGGCCCAAGAGGGUCUGGGUUGACGUGGGUGGAGGCACGGGUUGGAACAUCGAGGCGAUGGCCUCAUUCGUAGACGUGCCCCGGUUCUUCUCCGCCGUCUACCUGGUCGACUUUUCUCCUUCGCUGUGCGAGGUUGCCCGCACGCGGUUUGCCAGGCUUGGCUGGAACAACGUCAAGGUCGUCUGCGAAGACGCGAGAAAGUUCAACCUGGACCGAUAUGAAAAUGAUGCGCCUGGCGCUCGGGCUCCCACCCGGGCUCCCAGCAGCUACUUCUCCCAGAAACGCCCCGAGCACGGCGGCGCUGACCUGGUCACAAUGUCGUACAGCCUGUCCAUGAUUCCGGAUUACUACUCCGUCAUAGACUCCCUGGCAUCACUCCUCUCGCCAGAUGGCUUGAUGGGGGUGGUUGACUUCUAUGUUCAGUCGAAGGUCGACGUCAGCUUCCGGAACUACACCGGAGGCCUGGUCGGUCGCCAUGUCAAUUUCUUUGGACGCACCUUCUGGCGUGCCUGGUUUGACAUCGACAGGGUUGGUCUGGAACCCAGCCGUCGUGACUACCUCGAGUACAGGUUUGGAACAGUGCUCAGUGCCAACGCCCGCAACAACAUGCUUGGUGCCAUCCCUUAUUACGUGUGGCUGGGCUGUCACAAGAAGCCGUUCGCGUCCUCGAGCUUGCCACACGAGAUUGUCGAAUACGUUGACGCACUUGUGACUGAGUCGCCCUAUCUUCUGCCAGCCAACGCCCCCAACGCUCUCACUCGAGCAGUUCAAAGAGCCGCCCCUGAGAUCCGCUCCAAGGCUUUCGAUGCCGCCGUUGCCAACCUGUCAUCAAACCUGCCCCUACCUGCCUUCUUCUACCAGCAUCACCACUGGCGCAUCUACUACGACGAGAGGCUGAGGAAGCACACCCAGUUCAACGAUGAGUAUAUCUAUGCCUUCACCUGGGAAGACUCCCGCGUCGAUGCUCGCAUCCUCAACCUCGGGUCCGAGGAUGUCGUCUUGGCAAUCUGCAGCGCAGGCGACAACAUCCUAUCAUAUGUGAUGCAAAGCCCCGCCCGCGUUCACGCAGUUGACCUGAACCCGACUCAGUGCCAUCUCCUCGAGCUCAAGAUCGCCUCGUACAGUGCCCUUCUGUACGAGGACUUCUGGAAGCUCUUCGGCGAGGGCAAACAUCCGGAUUUCCGCCAGCUCCUGAUCUCCAAGCUGUCCCCCCACCUAUCCAGCCGCGCGUUCCAGUACUGGUUGAGCAACGCGCACAUCUUCACCAACAAGCGUGGCCGCGGGCUCUACGACACGGGCGGCUCAAAGCAUGCGAUCCGCUUGAUGCGGUGGAUUGCUCGCAUCUUUGGCCUCCAGCGCUCCGUCGACGCCGUCCUGAAAGCAAAGACUCUCAACGAGCAGCGGGAAAUCUGGCGCAGUAAAAUCCGGCCGAUCGUGCUAUCUACGCUCGUCAACCGACUUGUCGUCAGCCAGGAAUCCUUUCUCUGGGCUGCUCUGGGUGUGCCCAAGAACCAGCUCGCCAUGAUCGAGGCAGAUCACGCCUGCCUGUGUCGGGAGCACAAAGGUGCCCAGAACACCCGCUCCCAGGCUGUCUGGAACUACAUGGUCAACACGCUAGAUCCGAUGGUCGAGAACACUCACAUAGCCGCUGAUAAUCCCUACUACCUCGUCUGUCUGGCGGGCCAGUUCAGCCGCAAGUGCCACCCCGAGUACCUCGCCCCACAAGCCCACGCUCGCCUGUCCCGCCCUGGCGCGUUUGAUGGCCUCCGCAUUCAUACAGACGAGAUCGACGAGGUUAUCGCCCGAAUCACACCCGGCACGCUCACGGUUGCGGUGGUCAUGGACUCUAUGGACUGGUUCGACCCCGACUCUAAUGCCGCGACGAGCCAGAUCCGCAAGCUCAACCGUGCCUUGAAGAUGGGCGGCCGUGUCAUGCUGAGAAGCUCUGGCUUGACGCCGUGGUAUCUCAAGGAGUUCGAGCGCCAGGGUUUCACCGCAAAAUAUCACGGCAAGAGAGCACCAGGCGUGUGUAUCGAUCGUGUCAAUAUGUAUGCCAGUUGCUGGAUUCUGACCAAGAGUUUCAACCUCCCACCGCCAACACCAGACUUGGACGGUGCGGUGGGUGCUGAAAUGGAGAGCUUGACUAUCUGA